GCCCACGUGCUGGGGGGGACGAGGAAACAAUGAGGUCUUUGGUGGUUGUGCAGGAUCCGCCCCCAGCUUCCCAGCGUGUCCCCUCUGCGGGCUGGAUCCGGGUGGCCGCUCGGGGGCGGGGCAGGGGGCCCUGAAUGGGCCUCUUGUCUUGGGGCUGGGUGUGGGCCAGGCUCUCCGGGCACAUGGUGCCCUCGCCAGGCCUGGCCGGCCGCCGUGGUGUCCACCCCCGGCAGGCUGAGGACUGGCCCUGGGGGUGCACAGGCCCCUCCCUGGUGAGCCCCGGCUCGGGUCCCAGCACCCCACUCCGGUCCCAGCACUUCCCUGCAGGUGGGCCCCGGUGGGGAAGGCAACCUCAGAUGCACAAGAGGCCCCCGGCUGCAGGGGAGCUGGGGCUGGGGGGAAGCCAGAUACCUGGCCGACCAGAUGUGGAAGUCCCUGCCCCGUCACUGCCUGGAUUUACGACCUUGGGCAGGUAGUUUCUGAAUCUCAGAUUCCUCAUUGGCAACUUGGCACCGACAAUACCCACCCCAAAGGGCUGCUGGGAAGAUGACGUGCCACGAUAGGUGGACGAUGCCCAGCCCACGACAGGCGCUCAGUUAACACUCGUUUCCCUUCCCUGGAUCCGGGGGUUUGGUUUCCGGGGUCCCGGCAGGGCCUCGGGGGGUUGGGGUGAGGGACAGGCAGGCUCACAAUGGGCUGGAACUCUCUCUCGCUCUGCAUUCUCAUCCACGGACUCCUCUCCCUGUCCCAGGGAGGGGAGGAAAGGCCCUAGAAUGAGUCGUCGGGGGGCGCUCUCCUCUCGGAUCCCCUAUUGCUUUCUUCACUGCUGUGCUUGAAGCACCUCAGCUCCCACGAGACCCCUUGGGUGGCACCUGCUGUCCUGCAGCCUGUCGCCCACCGGCUCAGCCUCCUGCUACAGGGGUUGUCCUGUCGGAGCAGAUGGCUGGGGUCGUAGCGUUCUUCCGAUGGGUUUGGCGAAAGAUUAAUUUCUGGGUCUUCUUCUGGAGACGUAAAACUAAGCAAACCACGUUGGAACACUCUGAGACCAAGAAGCAUACGAAGGGGGCGGAGAAGACUCCCAAGGCGCACGAGCCUCCGACAGUUGCCGACAUCAUGGCCCUCAAAGAGGCCAAGUCCCUCAAGCUGGAUGAGUCCUCCAACAUGACCGAGUCCUGCGUGGUGACCAAGACGGCGGAGGACACCCAGGUAGAGCUCAGCCGCGGGGGCCCCUCCCUGCUGCAGCUGCCCUGGACGGCCGUCCAGUCCGUCUCGACACUCAUGGUCUCGGCCCUGCAGUCUGGCUGGCAGAUGUGCACCUGGAAGUCGUCGGUGAGUUCUGCGUCGAUUCCUUCCCAAAUGAGGCCCGGGUCCCCUCUGGAGUCGCCGGAGGCUGAGAUGCUGCGGGAGGUGUACCUGGUGCUGUGGGCCAUUCGGAAACAGCUGCGGCAGCUGGCCCGCCGGCAGGAGAGGCGACGGCGGCGCCACGUCUGGCGCGCCAGCCCCCAGCCUGACCCAGCCUGGGGCCCGAAGCAGGACGCCCAAAGUCCUCUCUAAGGGGGAGCCCCAGAACCUCAGAGAGCCCCUCCCUCCCUCCCAGGUGAGGUUGAUAGGAGGGGUCAGGGCAGCAGGCCAGGAGUUGUGGGUGAGGAGAAGUUUUCAUACUGUCACCCCCUCAUCAGGAACCCAAGGCCAGGCCUGGGGUCCCACAUACUCCCCUUCAUUCCGUUUAUUCAAUUUGUAAAAAUUGUCAAACUAUUGGGAAAUAAAUCUCAUCUAUUUCUGAA